CCCAAGUGCUGGGACUACAGAUAUGAGCCAUCAUGCCUGGGCUUUGUUUUAACUCACAUGCCUCUAGCAAGUCUCACAUCUUAAGACAAAUCAUUUUGUAGCAGCCCAUGAGUUAUAAAUAAGUUCUACUUCUCACUGCAUUAACUGCUUCACCCACUUGGCACUGUCCAAUGUCUGCCUCUUAACAAGUCUUACCACCAUCAUUUAAAAAUUUAUUACUCACCAGGAACUAUAAUAAGUGCUUUGCAAACUACUAUUAAUUAUAAUGAAUAUUUACUUUAGAUUUACCAUAUGCAGGUCUUUGCUAAAGGCUUUACAUGCAUUAUCUCAUUUAUACUCAGAUUGAUGAUGUGCCCAUUUUAAAAAUGAAACAAGACACAGAUUAAUACAGUUGUCCUAGGGACUGAGGAUGUGAAUCAGUUGCAAAGUGUUUCCCUUGCAUGCACAAGGCCCUGGGUUUGAUUCCCAUCACCGCAAAAGAAAAAAUACCAGGUCUAUUAAGUAGCAGAGCUUGAACUCACUCUGCCUGAUACCAAUAUUAAUCCUCUUUAAUCACUAGAUUUUUUGGGGGGGGCGGUACUGGUGUUUGAACUCAGGGCCUCACACUUCCUAGGCAGGCUCUUACCACUUGUGCAACUACAUCAGCCGUUUUUGUGAUGGUAUUUUUGAGAUAGGGUCUCAUGAACUAUUUGCCCAGGGCUGGCUUCAAACUGCUAUCCUCCUGAUUUCUGUCUCCCAAGUAGCUAGGAUUGCAGGUGUGAGCCACUGGCACCUGGCUAAUCACUAGAUUGUAUAGACUCUUUCUUGUAGUAAUAAACAUUGAGUGGAUGAACUCACUUAUGUGUCAGUUUUUUCCAGGGUGUGCAUCUACUGGUCCCUCAAUCAUAAACUUCAGAGAGAAAUCCACAGUGCUCCAGCAACUGGCUCAUACCUGUUCUAAAGCACUUAUCUGUUUGUAUUGCAUGAUUUGUUUACACAGUCAAUUUUCCCUAUAUUGACUUCUUCAAGGCCAGAGACUGUCUUGCUCAUUUUUAUGUUCCCAAGGAUUAGCCAGUUCCUGGCAAACAGGUGGGAAUUGAAACAGUUUGCUAACUGAAUGAAUGAAAGACCUAAUCAAAUCACCUCUCUUCAAUGCUGCACAACACAGCAGAGCUCCAGCUCAGAUAUGGGUUGAAAGACCAAAGCCAUGUACCUGUAGGGCUCAGCUCUCAUAACUCUAGAGACCCUGGUCAUACCAGGGUAUAUUGUUUAGUGGUUGCAUUCAGAAGGGGGAGGAAGGCCCCAACCAGGUAAGUAAUCCAGGCUUGGGUUGGAAAACACGGUUGAAGUUACUUAUUAGCAGGUAAAAGGGUCAAGGGUCGAAGCACGAGGGCUGGAAGCAUAGUCAACUGUGCAGCAGUGGAGAACACAGCAGUUAAGGCACCAGUUGCCCCACACAGAGCACCAGCUCCCUCCUGCCUGAAGAUGUUCCACCAAAUUUGGGCAGCUCUGCUCUACUUUUAUGGCAUUCUCCUUAACUCCAUCUAUCAGUGCCCUGAACAUAGUCAACUGACAACUCUGGGAGUGGAUGACAAAGAGUUCCCAGAGCCCCACCUAGGUCAGUGGUACUUUAUCGCAGGAGCAGCUCCCACCAAAGAGGAGUUGAUGACUUUUGACUCUGUGGACAACAUUGUCUUCAAUAUGACUGCUGGCUCUGCCCCAGUGCAGCUCCAGCUUCGUGCUACCAUCCGCAUGAAAGAUGGGCGCUGUAUCCCCCGGCAAUGGAUCUACUACUUGACUGAAGGGAGUACGGAUCUCAGAACUGAAGGCCGCCCUGACAUGAAGACUGAGCUCUUUUCCAACUCAUGCUCAGGUGGAAUCAUGCUGAAAGAGACAGGCCAGGGUUACCAGCGCUUUCUCCUUUACAAUCGCUCGCCACAUCCUCCUGAGAAGUGUGUGGAGGAAUUCCAGUCCCUGACCUUCUGUUUGGAUUUCAAAGCCUUCUUACUAACUCCCAGGAAUCAAGGUGAGGGGUUAAAGUCUUCCAUAAGAGGCCUGGGACUCACCAUGUCUUCUGCAGGUACUAGAUGAAAGAAGCUCAUGCAGUGUAACCAGAGGGCAUAGCCAAAGGCAGACAUCAUCAGAGUGGCUAUGUUGACAUUUCCACUUUUCAUAGGCUAGGAUGACACCAAAGGGAUGUGGCUAAGAGCUGUGGUGUCACCUGAGGGAAACUGGAAGGAGCCUGGGCUACUCAAAAGAUAGGUUUGCAAGUGUGCAGUAGAUAAAGGGGGCAGAGGGUAAGCAAUGGAGGGGAAAAGGCAUCCAAGACCCCUUCUUUGACACCGGGAAAUGAGGAACACAUUCUCUUCCAUCCUAUUCCACCAACCCUGUUUCUCUUCCUUUCCAUCCUCUAUUUUUCCCCUCCUACCAUCACAGAGAACUGCGAGCUAUCCAGUAACUGACCUGUAACUUCACCUGUGCCCCCAGACCAAUAUGAUAGGACCUGAGUUGCUGGAGGGAGGAGAAGCUGGAGUUUUUCAACUCCUUUCAAGGAUAAUAAAGAUGAUUUUUCAGUCUUCGUCUUGUUACAGGUUUUUUUCUCCAGGUAUCGAUGUCACUCUCCCCAUUUCAACACUCCCCUUGAACCUUCUACUACCUAACACCCCAGAUGGACAGCAUCAGGAAAGACAUGAGUAGCAGUAACCUCUCACAUUGUAGUGGU